AGGUGAACAGAACCUCAACAAACUUGCAGUUCUCGAAAAAUGUAGCCAAGAUUCUGAUGGAGGAGAUGGCUCUUUCUUGUUGAAUCAGAAAUGGAGAAGACCCAUCUAAAGUUCCAGACUAUUCUUAAGACCUUAUUUAUACCUUCCAUGGAAACCACUGAACUCAUCACAAAAAACUUUAAACAUUCUUCAUACAUAAGAUUAAGAGAUGGCUGAGCAAAACAGAGUGGUGCUUUAUGGAAUGUGGGCUAGCCCUUAUGCCAAGAGAAUCCAACUCGCUCUUAAAAUCAAAGGCAUCCCUUUUCAAUAUGUGGAAGAAGAUCUCCCGAACAAGAGCCCAGAUCUUCUCAAAUUCAAUCCUGUUUACAAGAAAGUUCCCGUACUCGUCCAUAAUGGAAGAUCCAUUUGCGAAUCAGCUCUAAUUUUGGAGUACAUAGAGGAAGUUUGGAACAACAAUGGCCCUUCUCUUCUACCUCAAGAUCCUUACAAACGAUCCCAGAUUCGAUUCUGGGCUGAUUACCUUCAGAAACAGGUGUUCGAGGGUUUGUUUUUAUUAAUUAAAACAGAAGGGGAAGCACAAGAGAAAGCCAUUGAAGAUGUGAAAGAGAAGCUGAAAGUUCUUGAAGAACAGGGGUUGAAGAAUUUAUUGGCAGAGGGAAGUACAUUUGUGAAUGGAGAUGAACUUGGAUAUUUGGACAUAGUUAUGUUUACAGUGCUUGGAAUGUACAAGGUUCAUGAAGAGUUUUUUGGAGUGAAAAUUGUGGAGGAAGAGAAGAUCCCAGUUGUGUUCUCAUGGUUGAAUAGAUUGAUAGAACAUCCAAUUGCAAAGGAGGUUACUCCUCCCAAAGAAAAGGUUUUGGGGUUUCUUCACUUCAUUAGACAAAAAUUGCUACGCUCACAGGCUGCUGCUUAACGCUCUUCUCAUGUGUACUACUACAACAUAAAUAAACUUUAAUUUUGUCUCUAAAGUUAUUGUAUUGUGUGUUUUACUCUAUGGUUUUCAUUAAUAAGAUUUGAUAUGUUUUCUUCUUUAA